CAGAGGUGAGCCAUGUGUAUGCACCAGGUUACUUGGACUACGUAGCCGGCGGUAGCCGGUUCAAUGCAAGACAAUUUCGUUUUUCCGAGCCUUCGAGCGUGGUUUCGAGGACAUUCGGAGUUAUGUCGUGCGGUUCCCAGCAAAUUCGUCUACUUUGGCAUAUUCAGAGAAGAGCCAUCAGCACAUCAGGAGCACUGCGCGGAAAGAGAAAUUUCCGAAAGUUCCAGGUGCAUAAUAUCAGAGGAAACUUGCAGGACAAGAACAACAAGGCGGUUCCCAGAGAGACCUAUGGAAAAAGAGAACCUGUUAUCGAGCAAGAAGGCAAGUCAGUGUUCGUACCAGAGCUAGUUCCAGAACUGGUGGUUCCCGAUCUCACGGGGUUUGAGUUGAAGCCGUACGUGUCAUACAGAGCUGCGGAGGUGACCCAGGGAGAGUUCACGGCACGUGAUUUGUUUGACGCCAUCUACUCUGAGAAGGUGUCCAAGGCCUUUGAAGAAGGCAUAGAGGAUGAAGAGGCACAUGCAAGGGUUCUCAGUGAGCAUCUCACAAAAGAGGAAGCCUGGAAAAGGGCACACCAAACAGGAAGCGACAUAUUUCCUGCCGACUGUCAAUCCCAGAAGUCCCUCAAGAUUGAUUUUUAGAUAGUAGCAUUAAAGGCAUUGUUGAAUUUCA